CAAAGCUUUAUCAAAACAAUUCACAGACAUUACAGAGUCAGUCGCAGGCCCUCCAGACGAUUCAGGACCAACAGAGCACUAUUCUCUCGGCGCUUCUGCCCCUUCUGCCCCUUCUUCAGGCGGUUCCCUUGCACAUCGACGCAGCUCGCAACUCUAUCAAGGAAGCGAUAGGACAGCCCCGACAGUUAGAACGGACGUCAGAGAAGAGCUCAGACACUCGGUCUAGCUCACCCACCAGAUUGGUGGUCCCUUGCGAACAACGAUCCUCACCGUCCGGAAGGAAACGGCGUCGUGUGGACGAGAACACAUUCUGCAUUCCCGGGGAUCAACAACCUCGUAGCCUUGUAGGUGCGACACGCAAGUCUUUGACGACGCACAGCUCUUCCCUCUCGAAACGGAGCUCGACAUUACUCGUACCUGUACAGCAACAAUCUCUUUCAGCUAUGGGCUCCUCGACUGCUUUGUCUUCACCGGUCGGAAUGGGCGUGCGGACUCCCCAUGUAAAUACAACUUUAGAUCCAAAGACGCCUCGCCGUCCUCUGGCUGAACUCGUGCAGCACACUAAUCAAAAUGCUUUGAAAUCAUCUCUCCCAAAGCAGGUCCCUUCCGUGGAUACUCGCGAUCGUACUUCUUCCUUGCGAGGGAGACGGCCUUCGGUAUUCGCUCCUACACCCCGUCGCUCUCGUCUACCUCAGCUUCCCAUCUCCGUGAUGACUCCAGGAUCAAAGUCCAGAGUAUCUGACACUGCUAUGACUACAAGCACCGUUCACCGACCUUCUCAUCUCUCAGAAUCGCACAUCCUUCCCUGUACACAACCGACUCCGCAAAAUAGCACCAUCUGUUCACCUGCACACGUUCCGCCCGCGACAAGUACAAACCUGACUUGUCGGACGACAACAUCACUACAGCAAGACAUUCAGACAACCCCACAUACUAAUACAUUCUCUGCACCCCCGCUUACUUUACGGCAGAGAAGAUCUCCUUUUGUGAGUACUAUGCAAUCCUUGGACAAUAUUUGCGUCUAAUGAUUGUGUCUUUGUAGCGAGAAGGUCGGCGGUAUAUUCCUUUAGACGAUUCUGAUGAUUCUGACAUUGAUACGGCCA